ACAGAGACGGAGAGCUCUAACGACAUGAAUGUUGAAAAUAAUCAUACGGCAGAAGCAGAGUGUGAGCGAACGAAGGACGGCAAUGAAACCUUCACGGUACAGACUUAUCUUGGAGAUGAAGAUGAAGAUGUGCACAAGUGCGGACGCUGUCAGCUAGAGUUCUCCACAUUGGAGGCAUUUAUACAACACAAGCUGCACCAAAGCUGCAAACGUGUGGACAAUGUGACGGACAUCAGCCAGCAUGUCCAAGACCAAGAGCUCGAGGCGUCCAGAGUUAACAUGUCCGCUGAGGAGGAUGUGGUCCCAGCGGAGUCUUCUUCAGAGUCUGUGACCACCACCGCAAACGGUGAUAUCUGCAGUCAUCUUGAUGAAGGUCACAGCCAGAAAUCUCUGAAAACAACCAAAGAAUCAACAUCUGGGAAGGUUGACAAAUAUGUAUUUAAAGUGGAUCAAGAUGGACGUUACCUUUGUCAGCUUUGCCAAAAAACUUUUAAAACAUCCAACAUCUUAAGAACUCAUUUGAAAACUCACUCCGACCAGAAGAACUUCUCAUGUGAACUCUGUGAAACCUCCUUUCGCACGAAAGGCUCCCUGAUUCGCCACAAUCGCCGUCACACUGAUGAGCGGCCGUAUCGCUGUAACCUGUGCGGAAUUUCCUUCAGAGAGUCCGGCGCCCUCACCAGGCACCGGAAGUCCCGAACACCAUGCACAGAAAAGAUCCGCUUUGUACAGUACAAGGAGAUCUUGGUCAGCAAAGAUGGACAACAGAAAGGGGUCAACUCCAACCAAGCUGAACAACAAGAGGUGAUUGUUUUGGAAGAAUUGUCAGAGGACGAGACAGCGGCAGCACAAACUGCGGUAGUCAAUUUGGUUGAAGCUGGCUCCCCAGAGGUCAUCCACCAGGUUCACUUUACGAUGGAGGUGGACGGCACAAGUCAAGAGCAGCAAGUGGUGGUGGAGUCGGCUCAGGCGGAGACGCUCGCGGCAGCCGUAGGCGACAACCUCAUCUGUCAAGCCAUCAUCAACUCUGGACUGGCACUGAAGGAGGAGGAGGGGGCAGAUCAUCAGAUGGAGGAGAUCAGUGUGAUGGUUGAAGAUUGUCCUGAUGCUGAGGAAACAGAGAUCCAAAUUAAAGAAGAGUUUGUUGAGUCAAAAACUGAGGAUGUGACGAAUACUUUAUCGCCAUCAAAGCCCUAUGUGUGUCCUCACUGUGGUCGCUCUUUCAAGGGCCUGAACUACUUCCGGUUUCAUGUCAGUGGUCAUGCUGGCAAGCCCUUCAAGUGUAACAUCUGCCAGCGGGACUUCCAGACCGGGUAUUUGUUGAGAAAGCACAUGGAGAAUCACGGAGCUGAGCGCCGCUACAAGUGCGGCGAGUGCGGCAAAUUGUAUAAAACCAUCGGACACAUUCGCGAACACAUGAGGUGUCACUCGGAUGUAAGACCGUAUCACUGCGCCAGAUGCAAUAAGGACUACAAAACCAAGAAUGCUCUUCAGGUUCAUCAGAGGAUCCAUGGUGAGGAGAAGCCGUACCAAUGUCAGUAUUGCCCGAGAGGCUUUCGAGAGAAAGGUUCUCUGGUGCGACAUAUUCGCCAUCACACUGGAGAAAAGCCCUUUAAGUGCCCCAAGUGUGGGCGGGGCUUUGCUGAGCACGGGACUCUGAAUCGGCAUAUGCGUGCCAAAGGCGGCUGCCGAAAAGAAGAAUCCAGCAAACACGCGGCAGCGACAGAAGAGGUGGUGGAGGAGGUGCCGGGGGACUCUGUAGCGACAGCAGCCAUCAUCUCUGAUGAUCCAAAUGCAGUUCUGGUGGAGUUCUCUUCUGUGGUGGCAGAUACUCAGGAGUAUAUCAUCGACACUCAGAGUGAAGAAGUUCAGGUAGAAAGCCAGAGUGAGAUGAGCAGUCAGAUCGUGAAAGUGGUGCAGCAGCUGGUCAGCCAGUCGCACGGCGCAGGGAGCCACCAGAUCAUCGUCCGGAACGCCUCCCUCAACGAGGAGGGAGCAUCCAUCUCCGACUGCGGCGACACCAUCACCAUCGCCACACCGCAGAACUUGACCGAGCAGGUGGCCAUGACUCUGGUCACUGCCAUCGGUGACGGCACUCUUCUCACCACCACCGAGACGGAAGAGGGGACCAUCGCCAUGGUGACCGCGGAGGACAGGAUGCAGGAAGAUGUGCAGGUGGUGCAAGAAGAGUAUGUCAUUGCAAAUCCAGAGGUGGAAAUACAGACUGUCAUCGUGUGAAUAAACAGAUUUUAAAUGGACUUGACCUUGUAAUAUAGUUUGUUUAUUAGUUGAAAUUGGUUUUCUCACUAAAUUCUUGACUUUUUUCAUUUAACAAAAAUACUGUUUCUUAAAACCCUGCUUGUUAUAUGUUGUAAUGAAAUGCAACAGCAGCAGUAAGCUCCACCACAGACUGAAAGAAAUGCCAUCAGUGAAC